UUAUUGAAGAGUAGAAAAUAUAAAAUUGUCGAAUGAUGCGAAUUCAUGGGCAAAUUAAAUGAUUUGCAGGUACGGAUCGUUUACGGUUUACAGUCCCUUGCCGGAGUGCACGAGAAGAUAUUCAGACCCUGUAGAAUCUAGCAAUUAAUCGAAAUCAACAAUUUACGGACCCAAAACCCAAUUAAAGGUUAGCAUUGGGGGAACCCCUCUUUACAUUUCAAUGGCUUCUCUUCAGUCAACAACCUUUUCGUGUGAUAAUACAUCAGACGAAAAAAGUUGAUGGCUUUGGUCACAUUCUGAAUAUUAGCUUUGAUGGGUGACCCUUCUUCCUCGGCUUCAAGCCUGGAGUGGCUCUGGACAAUUGAGUACCUAGCAAGGUUCCGCCAACUAGACCCGUCAAUUUUACAUCAUUUGAUUGAUGCGGCUCCAGUAUUAUCCGAGCAUUUGGGAAAGAGUACAAGGGAAAUGGUUUCUUUGAGAUGUUUGGAACAAUUGUUUGGUAUUGGUAAUGGAGUUCCAAAUGAUGUUCCUUCUGUGGGAGAGCCAAAACGAACAUUUGAUUUCUCAGGGACUUGUGAAGAUGCGCUCAAAUCCAUAUUGAAAGAGACAUCAGUAUCGGAUUUGAGAAUGACUAGAUCAGAUGUAUUGAGAUGGGAUAUUCAUCCUUUUAUCACACAUAAAAGAGCUUGCAUGCCAAAAUGUGCUUUAGAAAAGCUUAAAGAUGAAAUUUCCAAAGGUACCCAUCCAAACGCUGCUGCAUUGACAGAACUUAUCGGAGUGGUCCAUAAAAAUGAUGAGAAUGGAAAGAUCACUGUGGAUUCUGGUCAUCAUAAUGCAGUUACUGGGAGGAUUGACAGUGAUGAAACUGAUGCUCAAGUCAUGGCACCAGAGGAGAGUACCAAUUCUCUACCACUGGAAAAUAAGAAUGGAAUGGUCGGAGGUGAUUCACAUCAUAGAAAUUUAUUACCCCUAAAGAGAAACAAAAGUAGUUUGGAUAAUGAAAAUCCUGCUGGAGAGCAUCAGGAAGAUCAAGGUGGUGUUGGUAAUGGUGAUCUCCUAUUAAAUGUCAAAAGGGUUAAGAGCAAUACCAUGUGUAUUAGUAACUCUACAGAACGGAGUUUUAUUCUUCAAAAUGGUAAGAGGUUGGUGGAGGAUUCUUCUGAAAAGUUGGUCAGAGUUAAAGAGAAAGGAAGUUGCCAAAUGGAAAGAGAAUCCCAAAUAAGACUGGCUGAAUGCAAGUCUUUAGAGAAUGGUCAUGACAAUUUUGUUGCUACAAAGGAGCUUGGAAAUAGUCAUAAUGUUGGUGUUAGUGCUGACUUCUUGAAUAAUCAAUGUGAGAAUGCUGGCAAUGCCAACAGAAUGCAAUCAGAUAGGUCUGGAGAUGGACCUUCCCAGCAUAUUUUGGUGGACGAAGUCCAUGAGGCUGAACAUAUUUUGGUUGGAGUUAAAGAGAGAGGAAGUUGCCAAAUGCAAAGAGAAUCCCAAAUAGGAGAGCUGGCCGAAUGCAGGUCUUUAGAGAAUGGUCAUGACAAGUUUGUUGCUACAAAGGAGCUUGGAGAUAGUCAUAAUGCUGGUGUUAAUGCUGACUUCCAGCAUAAUCAAAGUGAGAGUGCUGGCGACGCCAACAAAAUGCAAUCAGAUAGAUCUGGAGAUGGACCUUCCCACCAUAUUUCAGUGGAUUCCUUGAGUGGAUUGCACAGAGAUGCUGCUGUUGAAAAACUUGGUGGCAUGGAGCAUCUUUGUCAAGAAGACACAUCAAGUGAUGGUGAUGAAUAUCAUCUUAGGAAGGUUGAUGUUGCUAUGGAGAAGAGCCAUUUCCUGAGCUCUCAAUGCACACUGAAUCAUGUUUCUCCAACCAACUGGACAGAGCUGCACCUUUGUGUAAAAUGUAGCAAAGAUGGUCAGUUGUUGGUUUGUAAUGCUGUUGGUUGUCCACUGGUGGUUCACAAAGAGUGCUUGGGUUCCUUACCAAGGUUUGAUGAGGAGGGAAACUUUUACUGCCCAUUUUGUUCAUAUUCUCUUGCUAUCUCAGAGUACAUGGAAGCUAAGAAAAAGGCCUCUCUGGCAAGGAGAGAAUUGUCUGCAUUCAUUCAUAAACAAACUGAGAGCUCACAUAGCAAAGAGCAUAAUAAUUUGAAUCAAGAUGGAGAUGAGGAUGAUAUGAGCGGAAAUGUCAGAGAGAGUGAGUCUAAUCAAACAAAUAAUGGCGGAUAUGCAUUUGAAGUUAACAGUCAACUUGAGAAAAGGAGAGGUGAUAAGCAACCUGUGGAGCCUACAGUAUCAUGUUCUGAUAUAAAAUUGAUAAAUCAAGAAGAAGAUCCAGAUGUAACUCAUGCGAUAACUAAUGUUUCUACUGGAGAAAAAGAAAGGGAAGAGAUGGCUUCAGAGUGCCUGACUGUAGGGGGGCUUGAGAGACAAGACCAAACUUUUGCCAACCCUAAAUGCAAUGGUGAUAAUCCAAUGCGAAAAGACAGUGAGUGUUUCCCUUUAAAUGGAAAACAAGCUGGAGUGAUUGAAAAGAAUGUUCUAGAGCAACAAAGUAGUGAUCAAGAAAACAUCUCUGAUGAGGGAAAUAAGGAAAAUUUAGUCUCUAAUUACUCCAUAAGGUUUCAAAGGAGAGAGAAACAAUAUUUAAGCCCAGCAAUACCUCAGUUGAGGCGAAAGAAAGUUCAUUGGACAACUGAGGAAGAGGAGAUGCUCAAGGAGGGAGUGCAGAAAUUUUCAAAUGUUGGUGAAAGAGCUAUUCCAUGGAAGAAAAUUUUGGAGUAUGGUAGUUCAGUAUUUCUUAAUGGCCGUACUACAGUAGACCUUAAGGAUAAAUGGAGGAACAUAUGUAAAGGAAGUCCUAAAUGCAAAUAGGUGUGGGCCGGGUCAGCUCGCUUGCAAAGUUACUUCAUCUUACUUUGUUACACUAUAAUCCAGUCGCACAUGGAGGGAAUCUCAAAUUUAAGCAUUCUAUGAAAUUCUGGAAGCACCCUUUGUUAAGAUCAUGACAAAUAUGAUAAGUGUUAGAAGCUGGACUAUACGACGUGGACUCUUCUCCAUUUUCGCUUAUCAAACACUGUAAAGUAGGUGUAGAUAUCUAGAAUUUUGGUGUUUAUUUUGGCUGUUAUUUCAGUGACUCUUUACGUAAACUUCUGGUUUGUCUUGAAAAAAGGCAUAUGAAAUAUGAGCUUCUUUUGUAAUUUUAUGCAAGAAAUCUAUCUGUGAACUAUGAAAGAGUUGAUGUUUGCAGAGUACCACGAUCUGCUGAAAGUUUCAUAUGAAAACAUUUUACAAUUUCAGAUUA